CCUUCUCUUUCCGCCGCCAUCUUGGCUCCGCGUCCUCCGCACAGUAAGUGCCGUCUGCGCCGGGGCUCUCCAUCCGCAGCCAUCCGCCUUCGCCGCGAGCCUGGCCGCCCCGGAGACUUAGAAAAUGCCCGGUGAAGCCACAGAAACCGUCCCUGCUACAGAGCAGGAGUUGCCACAGCCUCAGGCUGAGACAGGGUCUGGAACAGAAUCUGACAGUGAUGAAUCAGUACCAGAGCUCGAGGAACAAGAUUCCACACAAACAGCAACACAACAAGCUCAGCUGGCGGCAGCAGCUGAGAUCGACGAAGAACCAGUCAGUAAAGCAAAACAGAGCAGGAGUGAAAAGAAGGCACGGAAGGCUAUGUCCAAACUGGGUCUUCGACAGGUUACAGGGGUCACUAGAGUCACUAUCCGGAAAUCUAAGAAUAUCCUCUUUGUCAUCACAAAACCAGAUGUCUAUAAGAGCCCAGCUUCAGAUACCUACAUAGUUUUUGGGGAAGCCAAGAUUGAAGAUUUAUCCCAGCAAGCACAGUUAGCAGCUGCUGAGAAAUUCAAAGUUCAAGGUGAAGCUGUUUCAAAUAUUCAAGAAAAUACACAGACUCCUACUGUACAAGAGGAGAGUGAAGAGGAAGAGGUUGAUGAAACAGGUGUGGAAGUGAAGGACAUAGAAUUGGUCAUGUCACAAGCAAAUGUGUCCAGAGCAAAGGCAGUCCGAGCCCUGAAAAACAACAGCAAUGAUAUUGUAAAUGCUAUUAUGGAAUUAACAAUGUAACCAUCUGAAAAAGAAGGACGUUUUUCUCUCCCCCCUCCCCCAGGUGUUUCAAAAGUGAAACUGAAGCUUGGUUUGAAAUUUGUACUAUUUCUAUCAUUAAUAAAGUUAUGGCUUCUUGUUGGAUGAA